AUGGGCUCCCACAACCCCUCAGCCACCAACCCGUCUUCCUCCACCUCGGCACCACCCUCCCCAGCGGCAGCAGCAGCCGCCUCCUCCUGGCCGCUCGACUCCCUCCCGGACGCCUCCUCCCCGCAGCUCAUCCUGACGCACCCGACCCCGGCCGAGCGCACCCACACCUGGAAGAUGACCUACCCGAUGUGGGGCGGCGCGCUGACGGAGCACGACUACCUCGCCCGCGAGGCCUACCUGACCACGGUGCCGCUCGCCCGUGACGGCGGCAUCACGCACUGGAUCCUGACGGUCGCGGAUGCCGCGCCGGACCGGAGGCCCAUCCUCUCGUCGUGCGAAAGCCUGCGGAAGAGGGCCGUUGUUUGUAGGGGUGGUGGAGAUGGGGAUGGGAAGGUGAAGGAGGGGGUGGCGCAUGGGAUUGCGAGCGUUUUUACGGAGCCGAGAUUCAGGGGCCGUGGGUAUGCGAGUCGGAUGAUGAGGGAGGUUGGGGAGAGGUUGAGGGGGUGGCAGGCUGGUGGUGGUGGUAACGGCGAUGGGAGGUCGUUGUUUUCGGUGCUGUAUAGCGAUAUCGGCAAGACGUUUUACGCGAGGCAUGGGUGGGCCGCGUUUGAGAGCUCGCAUGUGGCAUUCAAGCCGGUCGAGGGGCUGGCCGAGGGGCAGGUUGCGAGGGUGAUUGGGUAUCAUGAGUUAGCGGAGUUGUGCGCGGUAGAUGAGAGGUUAUUGCGAGCGAAUCUGGCUCGCCGCGGGCCAGGGAAGACGCAUGUCGCGCUGGUGCCCGAGCUCGAUACCCUGCUGUGGCAUCUCAUGCGCGAGGAUUACAUGACCAAGUCCAUCUUUGGCCGCACACCAAUUGUCAGGGGCGCGGUCGCUGGCGAACCGGGGAAGCGCGUCUGGGCAGUGUGGAUGAGGGGGUACUAUGGAGGAUUGAAGAAGAAAGAGGGGAACACGCUGCACAUCCUGAGGGUUGUCGUGGAAGACCCGGAGCAGCCGGACGAGAAACUGGUGGACGGAUUCCGAUCCAUCGUGCAGGUUGCGCAGCACGAGGCGGCUGAGUGGAAGACACAGGAUGUCCAGAUGUGGAAUCCCACGCCGAAGAUCAAGGGCCUUGUCGAGAAGUGCGGCAUCGAGUUUGAGUUUGUCACUCGCGACAAGGACAGCAUUGCCAGCUUGAGGUGGUAUGGCGAGGAGCCGACUGCCGAGCUGGAUUGGGUCGCCAACGAGAAGUACGCCUGGUGCUGA